AUGUAUGAGAAAGAAGAUAAUCCAUUGAUGAUUGAAGACAAUAAGGAUAAUCCAAAGAUGAUUGAAGGACCUUUAAACGAUAAACCUGCAGAAAUUGCUUCUUGGAAAUAUAAAGUAAAAAAUUCUUUGAUGUUUUAUCCAGAAGGCGGACAUCAAACUCCUGAGGAUAAUCCAAGACGAGCUCCGAAAAAAAUAGUUCAUAGUGCUACUAGGUUCGAGUCGGCUGAUGAAGCAGUAAGGGAUUAUAAUCUUAGCAGCACCACUAAUACGCCUAGAGUGGGAGGUUACAGUUUUGUAUCUGCCACACCGUCGCCAAAUCCAUCUCAAUUCGAUUCUUCAGAGUUGAUGACAUGGGGUACAAUUGAAGGCAGUCCUCUGUUAAUUGGUGGAGAUCAGACACCGGGGCCCACCUUUCAAUUGCCGCCGACUCCAAGAAGAGAAAUUAUUGGAAUGAAUCUUUCAAACAGUGCCUCACGUAACAUUCGAAAACGUAAUAUGUCUUUGAGGUCCCCACGUGUUUCAUUAUCACCUAGUCCGCUAUCAAGGAUGGCAAGUCCGAGAGCGCGUGCAUCUUUAUUGUCUCCUGCAGCCCGAAAAUUACUUCGCAAGUCUAAUAUGUCUCCUAAAGUUGGCGUAGAUUCCCAAUUGAGAGAUUUAUAUGCAUCACCAACUAUGACAUCAUCAGCUGCACUCAAGUAUGCCGCACCAAAAAAGAAAAGGGCUCCAGUGACUGACAAUCCCACUUCACCACUCAUAAAAACCAGUGGUAAUGAAGACAAUUUAUCCAAUGAUCAAUAA